AUGAAUUUAUAUGAACGAGGGGAUGUAAAAUACCCGAGUGAUUCGAAUGGAGAGAUUAAAAGAAGUGAAUGGCAAAAACCAAUUCAAUUUACUCUAUCCCUAAUUGGCUAUGCUGUUGGGUUGAGCAGUAUCUUUCGUUUCCCCUAUCUUGCUCUCAAUUAUGGCGGAGGUGCGUUUCUCAUUGCUUACUCGAUAUUUGUGAUUUUCUGCGGAAUACCGUUAUAUUGGAUGGAGUUUACACUCGGACAAUUCACUGGCCAAAGUCCCGUCGAAGCUUUCGGGUUCGCUCCACUCUUCAGAGGUAUCGGGUGGUCCAUGAUGCUUGUUUCUGGCAAAAUAAGCAUGUACUACAACAUCCUGAUGGCUUGGACGCUGUACUACUUCUUCCAAUCAUUCCAAUGGAAACUUCCGUGGAAUUCGUGCAAUAACACAUGGAAUACACCGGCAUGCUUCUGCCACUCUGACAAAUGUGCCGCGGUUUUGCCAAGUCAGAAUAGAACAAGUUCAACCACUGAAUUCUGGCUACAUCGGGUGCUAGAAUUAUCACCGAACAUAAAUGAAUUGGGAGGAAUCAAUUGGUCUCUCUGUGGCUGCAUGCUUGCCUCUUGGAUAUUGACCUAUUUGUGCCUUUUCAAAGGAAUUAAAAAUAGUGGAAGAGCCGUCUGUGUGAUUGCUCUCUUGCCAUACGUCUUUUUCAUCAUUCUUGUUGUUCGAGGCGCUACUCUACCCGGAGCUUACAUUGGUUUAAAGUAUUAUUUUUAUCCGGAACUGGAAAAACUGAAGUCAACGAAAGUUUGGACACAGGCUGGAAUUCAGCUCUUCUAUUCGCUUGGACCUGCCUGGGGAGGUCUCAUCACAUUGUCUUCCUACAAUCGCUAUGAAUGCAAGUAUAGUAGAGAUGCCCUACUUUUACCCGUACUUUGUGGAGUGACAGGAAUAUUAGGCGGUUUGGCGGUAUUUUCUGUGGUGGGCCAUUUGGCCCAUUCAAUGGGCAAACUUGAUAUUAGUGAUUUCACAAACUCUGGACCCGGUCUAGUCUUCAUCGCUUAUCCGGCUGCUUUGGUGUAUAUUCCUGGCGCUUCAAUUAUCGCUGUUUGUUUCUUCGCCCUGCUAUUUACUCUGGGUCUCGGUAGCCAGGUAGUUUCUUUCUAG